AUGGCGGCGUCCGGCACCUUGAUGAGCUCUCCGUCCGAUGACUCUCCCUCGACAUCAUCGCCACCGGAGCUUCCACCGACCCCACCACCGACCAUCACGGUCCCGCUAAAGUCACCCCAGGAGUCCAAGGUCUGCUGGAGUCCGCUGCUUCGCUGGACGUGUCCUGAGGAGAAGCUGCCCAUUGCCGCGUUUUACGGGCCGUUGGACGCUAAAAACCCUCUGCUGGCCUCCUUCGAGAAGGAGAUUCGGGAGUUGUUAGGUUUUAUGAGGAAAAAGAAGGCGCUGGCGACGACGGAGGAACCGAAGCCCGAGUUCCGGCGACGUUGUGCCACCACUUUGUUUAAUAUCUGGACCAAAUAUGCCCCCAGGCUGCCAGCUGACUAUUACAAUGAAAAGCUUCUGAAGGUUGGAGAUAGCCUUUGUCAAAUGAAAGAAUAUAAACUGGCCCUUCUGCAGUGCUAUGGAAGGUAUCUUCAACAGUUCAGUACCAAUUUUGAUGAGAAUGGAGCAGAUGUGAAUCAAUUCAAAACUAUCUUCUUUCCAAAAGGUUUUGGAGAUGAAACUUCUGGACUUACAUUUCAUGCUUUGAGUGGCAGAAGCAUUUGCAGCUAUGAGCUAGUGUGUGACUCUGAUGCAAACCUACAAAACAAGGAGUCUGUGAAGAAGUGUCUGCAUGUCUUGUCCUCCCUAAGGCUUAUCAUGCAGGUGGCUCUCCCACAGGAGCACCUUUGCUGGAUUAUUUUCAAUGGUACCAUUUAUAUUUACACCAUUUGCCGAAAACUGAUGAUCAUGGGCCAGGCUUCCCAGGCCCUAGAAUACCUGCUGUGGGCUAGCAUAUGCAUGGAGUCCUCAGUCCCACUCCUGUCUGUCAGGUACUUGACGUGGAGAACUACUCUUUAUACAGCUGUUUGUCAAUGCUACUAUGACUGCCAGGCUGGCAUUCAUGGUGAGGCAUUCGCUCGGCGUGCUUUAGCUAAAAUUGAUGAGUUAAGACAGUUGGAAUUGAUGAGCUCUUCAAUGUCUCAGGAAGAAUCCAGAAGAUAUUAUAGAGAGGCUACAUUAAAGAUGGCAGUGAUGAUCUUCAAAAGAGGAGUAUUUGAAUCUCGAAGAAAAAACAAAGCUUUGUUUAGACCAAAGAUAAGACUUAACCUAAAGGAAAUACAAAGUAAUUCGUGGCCACGUACUCUUACAGAACGGCUACUGGAAGAGUUGUUUGACAGCACUGCAUCCCGGUUUCUGGCUGUCUUGGAAGCUCUUUCUGAUUCAAAUAGGCGAGUACUGCAAACUGGACCUUUCACUACUGAUGAAGUGGAGCUUCGAGAUGUUGUUGCAGAACUGUUUAUAGCAGGAAAAGAACUCUUUGUGCUCUCAAAUAUUGGUACAAGUGGAAAGCUUGAGUUUCCCAGAAUACCACUGAUGGAGUGCAUGGUAGAGAAGAAAAAUGUGAUUUCUCUGGAUGCUGCUCUGAAAUUUAUAAAAUUAGCUUUUACUUAUGAAGAAUGGAGUUUAUUUGAAUCUUCAGCUGUACAACUUCUUCUUUCUCUGGAGAAGGAGAAUGAUCCAGAGUCAAAGAAAGCAGAGAAAGACUUAAUUCUUCUGAUUGCAGUAGAACCACUAAUCAAUGUCAAGAGAAACAAAGGUUUGAUUUUGCCUUUGGAAAAUGAUAAAGAAGGACAUCCCAUUCAUAUGUAUUUUAAAAAGUUUACUAAUAGUGAAACGUACCUGGGAAAUAGUGGCUCUUUAGAAGAUAUUUUUCAGUCUGCAGCAAUCUUGCAUUUCUGUGUCUGUGAUGCUUCUUCAAAGAGUGUUCAGCCUGAUAAAGAAAUCGUUGUGGACAUGUUAAUGCUCCUGUGGCAGAAAUGCAAAGUAGGAAUUCAGAAGAUCAAUGUGUCCAAAUAUGACUAUGUAAAAUACAUUCAGAAAAUCAGCACUAACAAAUGGGUUUAUCUUCUGUGGCAGAUAAAUGAAGUGAUUCAUUCCUGUAAAGUGGAAGGGAUUGAUGUUGUGGUGAUGGCAGAAGUCACAUUACGAUUAUGUGAAAUAUUAGAGUGUUUUGGAAUCCCCAAAAGGAAAUUUAAAAAAUCUCCAGGUACAUCUACAAAAAGAGGAAAUGAGGAACUUUCUGGAACCCCAAAAGGGAUCCCAGAAGGUAUUUCAAUACUAAAGAAAACACCUGUGGAACAGUUGUCUUAUGCUUAUGAACUUCUUGAUAAAACAAUUAAUGGAAUGAAUUUACAUUUCAUGUUAACUACUUUGCCAAAUGGAUCAUCAGUAAUUGACCAUUGCUAUGUCAAGUGCUCCCAUGAUACAGAUGGAGACACUUACAAACCAAUCUCAGAAAAUAGUUUCAUGAUGGAUUUGCAUCUGGAACUCAUUCAAGCUCAGCACCGAAUAGCCAUUGCACUUCUUGACCAAUUGCACGUUUUUCAGAUCCCAACUGAUAGCAAAAGUAUGUCUACCAAAGCUUCAGAAAAGAUGAAAAAGUCUAGAAACCCUGAUUGUUUUACAGAAGAAAGUGUAAUGAACAAAAUAAAAAUGAAUAAGCUUUCCAAAGCAGUCUACUUAAUGCAGAAGGCCCUUUUACUAUUUGAGAAUAAUGUAAUAUCUACAUCUGCAUUGAACAUCUUGAUGGAAGCAUAUUCUUUAAUUGAGAAGGUAGAAGCAGAACAAAGUGCUCUAUAUUCACAUCAGAAGUAUUUGGAAAAUUCAAAAACAAAGAAAAGCAGAAUCCCUCCUCCACCUAUUCUGCUGUCCCGGACUCAUUGCUCUGUGACGUUUAAGCCUGCUCCAUUUAUUUCUGAUGUUAAGGUGUCUUGGUAUUGCAUUUUGGGUUGCAAAGCAGAAGGAAACUAUGGAAAAGUAAGACUAAAUCAUAAUCAUCUCCCAAAUUCAGGAGAAGCGAUACCAGCUGAUGGAAAAACCAUUUUUGAAGUGAAAGGUUUGGAGACUAAUGAAAACUACAUUUUUGCAAUUGCUGCUUAUUGUUCUAAUGGAAAGCUCAUUGGUGAUGCCAUUGGAGAGACAACUAAACCAAUUCUGCUUUAUCCACCUCUUUCUGCUAUCACGGCUCGGAUGUACCUGACACAGGUUGCCUAUCAGACUGGUAACUAUAAAUUGGCCAAGAAAGUUUUUUCAACAGCUUGGGAUUAUUUUGUUGCAUCACCACCUCGAGAUGAGCAAUCCAUUGUUUCUUUAAGCAAUAUAAUGACAAUAACACAGAGAAGAUUGCAUUCAGAUAUUUUGACCGAGACUUCUUCAAUCCUUUUAUACCUUUUUCUUAGAAACAUUUUUGUAACAAGUGACAUUAAAAUUAAAGAAGAAAAUAUGUUCUGUGAUAAUAUUAAAGGCAAUGAGAUUUUCCCUGCUCAACAGAUUGCUAGACUGAUGGAAUGUGAGAGAAUAUUAGUAGCAUUGGAACUUAGCAACUUUCUUAAUGAUUCCAAUUAUGCCCUUCAAGCUGUGACUCAGUGUUAUGGCCUCCUUGCUCCUAUAAUAUAUCACAAUAUUGUUUUGGUACCCGUUAUACAGAUUUUAAUAAAGUGUAUAGUGGUUUUGCAAGGACUGCCAAGUAUUCUCUUCGCAAAGAAACAGGUUUUAAGUUAUGAGAGUGUACAGCACAUGAUAGCUUGUUGUAUCUUCUACAUGACAAAGAUUCUACGUUCAUGGAAGGAAUAUGACCUGGCAAUAAUGAUGAUAAAUUAUGGAAAAAGAAUGUUGGACACCACAUCAAGCUGCAAAUCUCUAUUUGGUAUUACUGAGCCAGAAGAAGUAAUAGAGGAGGUAAUUAAUUCUUUGAAGAAACCUUUAAAACCUAAGAAGCCUCAGCAGGUACUGUUCCCUGAAAAAAUAAAUGAGCAGCUGGCCACAUUGGAGACAUACCUACUCAAAAUGACAAAACAAUAUACUUCGUAUGAACUCUCAGGAACAGAGGACCCUAUCUUUCUUUAUCCUGUGGUUUUAAAUUGGGCUGUGAGAAAUUCUGUGAAGGAAGUUAUGAAAUUUAAGCAAAGACCUAGAUUCCUGGAAUUCUUUACACAGGUUAUGCUUAAGUGUCUGAAUGAUGAAAAAUUUCACAUUUUGGUGGAGAUAACUAGUCCUGUUCAUGACUUCUUGAGAAGGAGGAAUGAGUCUCUACUUGGAGUAAAGAAACAAAAAUAUAAGGAAAAUAUUUUAAAUAAAAAGGCAGGGAAAUAUCCAAAGAAGUUCAAAGCUGUAAUAAUAGAGAUUGGAAAAAGUUCAGAAGUGGGAUCAAGGAGAAGACGUAGAAGAAGAGAAACCCUCAAGGAUUUUUUUUCCAAAAAUCAAAAUUUACUUGAAUUGCCAGAACAUGAAAGAAAUAAGAGAGCUGAUGUUAGAAAAGUAGCAUCCCGAAGCUUGAGAGAUUGCUUGACUCCAAUAGUAGUAAAUUACAUUAGAAAGAAGAGAUUUCAUCAAAUAUUUCUGGAGGAAAUGCCUUGGAGAGCUCAGAUGAACCUGUUUCUGGCAAGCGCACACUACCACUUGCUUUUACAGAAGCUAGGGGAGCGCACGAAGGCGAAACCUGGUACUUCACACCCGUUGGUCAGUUUCCGAACCUGUGAUCCUAAUCUGUUCUCACUAUAUAAUUCAGGAACUGUAUUACCAACAGCAAAAUUGAAAAUAGAAAACUACAAGGGAAUACUUAAUUUCCUUUCAACUAAAAAAAAGAAGGGAACUUUAUCAUCAGAGUAUGAAGAAUUUUCUGAACUUCUGAAUGCUAAAGCCAAGGAAGAAACUCUUUGUAAGCCACAAAUAAUGUAUGAGUCCGACUCUCAGUUAGUUCUUAAUGUCAAAGAAAAGGAUCGAGCAUCAAAUUUGGGACUGGAUCAUUUUAUGAAAACCUUUUUAUAUUGCAGAAGAGCAAUGGUCCUUGCUCACCGUGGUGGCUAUUGGACUCUACUUCAGAACUGCUGUCGAGUCUUUUGGAACUUCACUCAAGAGCUGCAGAUACUACUUAAACAGGCAGUAGAUCUUUACAAAACAUUUUCAAUUAGUCAGGAAGGCUUCCUCUGUACCUCUGUUAUACCAUUCUAUUUGGGAGCAGAAUUACUUAUUGAUAUGUUAUUACAACUGCAAAUUAGCGGUUCUCUUAAGUUUAUUGAAGACAAUGGAGAGUUCAGUGUCCCAAGUUGUUAUGGGAAUAUCAAAUAUGAUAAUGGUGGUUCCAGCCUUGUUUUUGAACACCCUCUGGAUGACAUAAAUGUGGUUGAUUUGAAAUGGAUCCAUGACUUCGUGUUAAAAUCUCUAGAAAUUUUAUAUCAAGUGGAAAAAUGGGAAACACUUGUAUCACUUGCUAUUCAAUUUAAUAUAAUUUCACAUGAGCGAUACACAGAACAAGUGACCCCACUGCUAGUAUAUGCCCAACGUCAGCUCCUUCUGAGAAUUAAGAAGUUCCAGGGCCCUGAUAUUUCCCAACAACCGUGUGCACGAUAUGAGGCUGAACACAAAGAGAAGAUAACCUGCCGAAAUUUCAUUGGGAAACAGCUCAAGAUUGAUCCUUCUUCACCCAAAAUAAUAGAAACAGGAAACAAUAUGGAUUUACUAACAGUGCUCUUCUAUUCAGAAUACAUCCAAGCCAAACAGCUCCUCUGUGUGCCUGUGGAUGUGACAGAUACUUUGAGAUGCUUUAGAGAGUCCCUGGAAAAGUCCAGAUACCAUAACAGAUCAAUCCGACACAGCAGGAAGUUGUUUUCAUUGUUUCUUGCACAGACACAAGAAGACAAAGGAAGAGUAAACUCUUCAAGAUCUGCCAAGAGGAAAGUAGAAUUUUGCCUGGGGACUGAAGAGAUGCACAUGUCAACUCCUCCUGACCUUUCUCAGGAGCAAUUCAGAGUUUGUAGUUCAGUGGAGAAAAGCAAACUUCCCUAUUCACAACUGGGACUGGUAAUUUCUUCUUAUCAUCAAACCAUUGAUGUUCUCCAAGCCAGCAAUCAAAGGAGUCUUAAAGUUCAGGCAUUGCAUUCACUUGGAAGUCUACUCAUCUUUGCAGAAAAGAAAAGAGCCGCUUUCAAGUGUUGGUGUCAAGCUCUUGAUGAUAUAUUCAGAAAAACAGAUGUGCUGCAUACUUGGAAAGAAUUUGGUACCUCUCUCCCCAGUGCCACCCACGGUGCCAAUUUCAAAGACUACAGUGAAGAAUUUCUAUCAAAAGUUGGCAUUUGGGGGUGUUUGCAAGGUGCCGUCAUAGCAGCAAAGAUAGCACAAUUUAUUAAGACACUGAACACUGAAAAGAGGAUAAACUGUUGCCUUUUGUCUGCAUUACUCUUUCAGGGUUUGCUUCGAACCACACUUCCACAUCCCAAAGCAGAUCGUUGCUAUGCUCAGUAUGAAAUCACUCAGCUACUCCCAGGCAUUGAACUCUUCAAUGACAAUUUCAGGGCUGAUAUCCGUUCUGUCAUUGCCAGUCUGUAUUACAUCAUCCGGGAACUGCAUUUUGCUAAGCACAAUCUAAUUAUUCUGCCUCUCCUUGCCUUGUACCAGUAUUUUGUUUCUGGAAUCUGCCAAGACCUAGUCAGAAACCUAGAAGCACGAAUCCUCAAGAUUGAAGUCCUUAUAGAUCUGGGCUUCUUUUCUGAAGCCUUUUAUGAGCUUGCUCAGAUUUUUUAUGGAAAAAACAUGCCUUGCUCAAUACCUGCUGGUUUUAAAGCUACUGGAAAAAUCAAGCUAUUUCAGUCAUUUGACUCAGGAAAACCUCUUAACAGUAAAGAGAAUAUGCAGGCACUUGAUGAAUUAAUGAGUAAAGGGCAGCCCUGGACUCUUACUACCCUGGGCCAACAACAUCUCUUAAAUAAAUUUUAUUUUGUUAAGGCAUACUUUUUUAUAAGUUUAGCUGCAACCAUUAAUUGUAUCCCUGAUUAUUCAUUUAAACAACUCAGUCGUGGAGUUAUUACUGAGAAGAGCAAAGCAACAGAUUCAUUAUUAUCAAGGGAUAAUGGAACUUCUGUUUAUCAAUUUAUAAAAUUUAAAGAGGAAGUUACUCUCAGCACACUUAAGGCAAUGUUACUGAUGGAGGCUGAAGACAGGCUAAACUUCCUCGUAUCUGAGAUGGAGAAUACAGUCUAUAAGAACCUCACCCAGUGUUCUGCUGGUGAGUUGGAGAUUGUAGUGGAGUCCAGACUUCAGCUGGCAGAAAUUUCCCUGCAGAGACAUCGUGCAGCAUACAGUGCUGCAAUACUGUACUCCACACUUAACCUUCUCCAAGAUUCUAAACUUUUUAAAAAGAAGGCAGUAGAUGAUAACAAAGAGACUCCUGUCUCUUCAUCAGAUUCUGUCACAGAGAAUGAAGAUGAGAAUGAGUUUUUAGAUCCUGUUUCCCUGAAUGCUCGAGAACAUUUCAACAUCCAUCUGUGGUUGAGGUGCCGCUUAGCCCUGGUGACUGCAUUUGUUGCCCAGAUUCGCGGCAUUGGAGUUGUGAAAGAAAAUGACAUGACAGAUUGUAUGAGCCUCAUCAAUGAAGUGUGCAUGGAAGCAAAAAAUGCAGGCAACAAAGAGUUAGAGGCUGAAUUCUUAAUGCAAGCUGUGAUGCUGGGCCUACAAGAAAAGCAUUUAAAAGCAGACAUUAUAAGAAAUCUUCAGGAUAUAAUACAUUUGCUUGAAGGAAAUGAGUUUAUUUCUCCUCGGUCUUGGUUAACCCUGGCAGGAAGCCUAGUUCUACUGGAUGACUUAACAAAAGCUAGGAAAUUCAAGGAAAGUCCUUCGUCAAAACCAGACAAAUUAUUUCUUUUGAUGCAGGCUCACCACAUUCUUAUUGAACAGAUGUUAACUUUUGGAGAAACAAUUGAAUAUCCUUCAUCAAGCACUGAAUAUGCAAAUCCAUUAGAACCUUUGAAAAAUAUGUAUCUUCCACAUAUCAUGUUACUGGCCAAAAUAAAAAUGAGAAUUGGACAUGUAUUGGCCAAGCAAGUAUAUUAUACCAACAGAAAGAAGGACUUCUCAAAGUGGUUGCCUGCUCUUCAUCUUUUUGAGAUAGCACUGAAGCUCUGUAAAGUAUCCGCCAUAGAAGAAUGUGAGGUGGAAGCUGAAAUCCUUUUUCAGAAAGGCAAAGUAGAGCGUCAAAUACUGAUGGAAGACAAAUCUCCAAAUAUACAACUAGAUAGUUUUUUUGAAGCUAUACAACUAAGCUUGAAAAAUGACCAAAAUUCAGGGUUGAUAAGAAAUUCCUACCUAGAAAUGGCCCUGUACUAUUUUCAUCUGAAGAAGCCAACGAAAAAGAAUUCAGCCACAUCAUCAUCGCUUAAGACUCUUUCCAGAAGGCAUAGCUCUAAUAGAGAACCAUCCAAUAAAUCUGAAAUGUGCACAUCCCUGGCCUGGAUUGCAAUCAGAGCUGCUGCACAGGUCAGUGAAUCAGUGCUGGAAAUUAACCUACUUAUUGGAAAGAAGAAUUCUAAAUCAGAUGAAAUUAAUCAAGUGAUAUUACCAAACAUUCCAGAAUUUGCUACUGUGGAUCUUGUGUCUUCAUAUACCGAUUAUUUGCUUGAUGACUACCAAGCUGACUUUGAGGCUUCACUUCUGUUUGAAAAUGAAGACAUUCCUGAAAGCACAGAUGGUAGAAAAAAGAUUCAAACGAAAGUGGAUAUUACUUGGGUCCUUCUGCUACGCUAUUACAUACACCUGCAAAGGAUCAACAACAUGAGCCAACUGCUGGCAUCUACAACUCCAGAAUCUGGAAUUUCUCUGCCAGAUGAUACACUUCUCACCUCCCUUUACAACUCUAGACUGAUUUUACGCCAAAAAGAAAUGCAUUUUUAUCUUAAAAAAGUCUUAAAUUUUUAUUCUUCUUCUUGUAUUGAUGAAUUUCCAAAAGAACUUCUUCAAGGAUUUAAUGAUAUACAGUUUUCAGAAAAAGACUUAAGUGAUUCUUCAGUCAAGGUAUUUCAUGAAAGUUCCAUACAGUCUAUUUUGUCUUUAAAUCUCACUGCCAAUUCAUCUGAUACGGAUGUUUUUUCAUUAGAAAUGGCAACACAAGCCCUAAACAAAGAACUUUGCUUUCAGUGGUACCUUCCUCCUCUGGACAGAGCUCCGGGGGAUAUCUUCCAAAUAGAACCUAUGGUUAUAUUGUUGUAUGCAUAUAAUGUAAAGCCAGUAAAGAUUAUAGAUGUCAAACAGUCCAUGGGUAACAACGUCUAUGUUGGUUUUCUCUGGGUUCCACUGAACAGAGUCAUUUCAAUUCAUGAGAAACUAUCUGAUCUUGCACAAAUUGCUGAAAUAUCAUUACCAUCUGUUCCUGAAAGUACUUCAAAGGGAAAUAUAUCUGAGUCACCAGAAGUAGAAGAGAAGCCUGUUGACACAGAUAUGGAAAACAUGAUUAUUGAAUGUUGCUCUGAAAUUGUGUCUCUAUUUGUGACUGAUGGAGAGAAAACACCACUAACUGAGGUUCCAUUUGAUGUCUCCCUGCCUGCUAUAUUCAAUCUUGAGAGACUUUUUGAUCUUGCUACUGGUUGUAUUGUAACAGGAGGAAGCCUUUACAACUGGAUAGUGUCACUUAUUUCUCGAAUAGCUUAAUUUCAUUUACAUGGUAACCUUGUGAGAA